AUGAGGAUAGUUAGAGAGCUGAAAAACAUCACUUGUAAGGAAAAAAUUGAAGAACCAGAAUUAUUUACCCUAAGCGUGUGUGCAGAAGCUUACAAUCCUGAUGAGGAAGAGGACGACGCAGAAUCUAGGAUUAUUCACCCUAAAACAGAUGAUCAAAGAAACAGAUUGCAGGAGGCGUGCAAGGACAUUCUUCUUUUUAAGAACUUAGAUCCGGAACAGAUGUCUCAGGUGUUAGAUGCGAUGUUUGAAAAGCUGGUUGAAGGAGGGGAACAUGUCAUUGAUCAAGGGGAUGAUGGUGACAACUUCUACGUCAUUGAUAGAGGUACAUAUGAUAUUUAUGUAAAAUGUGAUGGUGUUGGGAGGUGUGUUGGAACCUAUGAUAACCGAGGAAGUUUUGGUGAGUUGGCCUUAAUGUACAAUACACCCAGAGCAGCUACAAUAAUAGCUACCUCUCCUGGUGCCAUCUGGGGUUUGGACAGGGUAACAUUCCGAAGAAUCAUUGUAAAAAAUAAUGCCAAAAAGAGAAGAAUGUAUGAAAAUUUUAUUGAGUCAUUGCCAUUCCUUAAAUCUUUAGAAGUAUCUGAGCGUUUAAAAGUGGUUGAUGUGAUUGGCACCAAAGUGUACAAAGAUGGAGAACAAAUCAUUGCUCAGGGUGACUUGGCUGAUUCUUUCUUCAUUGUGGAAUCUGGAGAAGUAAGGAUUAUAAUGACAAGGAAGGGUAAACAAGAUGUAGAAGAGAAUGGAGCGGUUGAAAUAGCUCGAUGCUCAAGAGGACAGUACUUCGGAGAACUUGCUCUUGUAACUAACAAACCACGAGCCGCUUCUGCAUUUGCUCUUGGCACUGUCAAAUGUUUAGUUAUGGAUGUGCAGGCAUUUGAAAGGCUUUUGGGACCCUGUAUGGAAAUUCUGAAAAGAAACAUUGCAAACUAUGAAGAACAGCUAGUUGCUCUGUUUGGAACAAACAUGGACAUUGCUGAUCCCAGUGCAUGA